UUGUGUCAUACUGUGUUGCAUAUGAUCGACAAGCUAAUCAACUAUAAAUAAAGCCCAGCUUCUGCUUUGUGAAUGGAGCAUAUUUAUGCACAAGCUCUGAAAAUAUAAUCAGUCUGCUAAUUUAACCAGAAUGCAGCAUGAACAAAACCAGGAUGUUUUCAGCAGCUUUGCUGUAAUAAGAUGUCAUGUUGCUGACUUUUCUUGCAGGACCUGGGCUUUGCAGGCUUCCUUCUUGACGAGCUCCAGACUCUGGAAUGGCCUCCGAGGGGCUGCGGUGCCCAGAGCAGCUGUGAAGUGUGUGGAACUCCCCUUCACCACCUGAGGCACCUGGCACUCCACUCUGCCCUGGGGCUGGUGUUCGACGACAUGCGUGACCUGCAGCCUGUUCUACUUUCUGGCCUGCUGCCACCACAUGUAGCAUCUCACAGUUCCAUCUCACCCCCUGCUUCCUGGGAAUGGCCCACACAGUGUGUUCCAGUUUCUAGCAGUCAAAAACUCACCGGGCAACCAUGUGGUCCGCAGUCUAGGGAGAAAAUGCAGGAAAUGGGUUGGAAUCAAGAUGGAGCAGCAAGAGUGGGUGGCAAACAAACCUGUUUGGCCACAGUCACUCCACUUCCUUUACAUACACAACACUACUUGGAGGGAGUGUGGCAUGUGACAAGCACCUCAGACCAUCUUCACUCAUUGAGUCCUACUGUAGGAAAGGACAGUUCUGCAAUUGUAGCUUCCAGGUCCAGUCAGGCCAGUGCUGUAACCUUGGUUUCUCCAUCAGUGCAUAAACCGACCCACAAUGACCAGCCAGCCAUCCCACCAGCACCCCAAACCAGCUCAGCAGCCUCAUUCUUCCUCAGGGCUGCCCAGAAGCUGAACCUCUCCAAAUGGAAGAAGUGUCAGCCGCUUCCACCUUCCCCACCUGACCCAGAAGAGCCGUUCUUCUACACUGAUGGCUUCAGCGCUGCCUUGCAGCUCUCACCCCCACCUGUACCCCCAUGUUUCCUCAGGGCAGGGUCAAAGGUUAAGGACAGCCCCGGCAUGGGAAAGGUGAAAGUAAUGGUGAGGAUAUGCCCUGCCAAAGGAUCACGAGACAUCUCAGAAUCCAUGUCCUUUCUCAAGGUAGACGGCCAUAAGAAACAGCUGACCUUUUGUGAGCCACCCACCUGUGCACGCUCCACCUCUGCCACCGCCCCAAAGACGUUUACCUUUGAUGCUGUCUUUACCCAGGAUGCUUCACAGGCGGAGGUGUGCUCAGGGACAGUGGCAGAGGUUAUCCAGUCUGUGGUCAAUGGGGCAGAUGGCUGCAUCUUCUGUUUUGGUCAAGCCAACCUCGGCAAAAGCUACACCAUGAUUGGCAGGGACAGCUCUACGCAGAGCUUGGGUGUGGCACCCUGUGCUAUCUCCUGGCUCUUCAAACUCAUCGAGGAAAGGAAAGAGAAGACUGGCACACGAUUCUCCAUACGCGUGUCUGCUGUGGAAAUCUGUGGCAGGGAGGAGGUGCUGAGAGACCUGUUGGCUGACUUUUCCAAAGGGACUUCCCAGGAGAGUCAGAGUGCAGGAAUUUCCCUGAGAGAGGAUCCGGUCUGUGGAUCACAGCUGCAGAACCAGAGCGAGUUGCGGGCGUACUCUGCAGAGAGAGCGGCGUUUUUCCUGGAUGCAGCUCUGGCAGCACGCAGCACCAGCAGAUCUGACUGUAAGGAAGAGGACCGGCAGAAUUCUCACAUGCUCUUCACCCUACACAUUUCCCAGUACCCUAUGGAGAAGAGUACCAAAGCAGGAAUGUCUGGGAGUCAUAGCCGUCUGCAUCUUCUGGACUUGGGCAGUUGUGAGUCUGAUUUGAGUCAAACACGAGAUGGAGGGAGAGGCCAAUGUCUGUCAAUGGCUGCCCUUGGAAAUGUCAUCCUAGCCUUGGCCAAUGGAGCCAAGCAUGUGCCAUACAGAGACAGCAAGCUUACCAUGCUGCUGAGGGAAUCGCUGGGCAACAUCAACUGUAGAACCACCAUGAUCGCCCACAUCUCUGAGUCACUAGCCAAUUAUGCCAAAUCUCUCACCACUGUGCAGCUUGCUUCCCGUAUUCACCACAUGAGAAAGAAGAAAUCCAAGUAUGCAUCAAGUUCCUCUGGAAGGGAGAGCUCCUGUGAAGAGGGACACAUCAGACGGAGACCCUUCUACCCUCGGACUGUGGCUCUUGACCCAGACCACCCUGCAAUGUUAUCCAGUGACCCAGAUUACUCCUCCAGCAGUGAGCUUUCAUGUGAUACAGUGAUCUAUGUGGGGCCUGGUGGGACUCCUAUUUCUGAUCAUGAACUCAGUGACAAUGAAGGCCCACCAGCAUUUGUUCCUAUCAUUCCCUCCCUGAACAAGAAGCAUGUAAAAGAGGGACCUAAGUCUGAUGGGGACCACCUCAAAUGUAACACCUUUGCAGAGUUACAAGAACGGCUUGAAUGUAUUGAUGGCAGUGAGAGCACAUCUGUUUUCACCAAUGAAGGAAAAGGCCAACAGACAGCCUCCAAAAGUAGAGUGGAAAGAGGGUCAGAAGGGGCUUCUGUAUCAACCAGGACUGCCAAGUCCUCUCUUCAGAAGUCUGCACACCUGCAACAUGGGGCCACAUCUGAAAUUAACACAACUUUAAGGCAAGAUUCAGAGCCUGUUGUUAGAGAGAAAGUCUUUAGUAGAGUACCUAUACAAAAACCCAAUGCCUUUUCAUCCUUGCAGAGCCUCUCAAAGGCUUCUGUUUUGAAUACUGAGUCGAGUUUAGCCGCACGGGCACCUCCAGUAGGUAUGAGUCAACAAACCCUAAGGCAGGGAGAACUCAAUGACUCCCCAAUUACUGACAGAUCCCAUCACCUCAGUAGAAGUCCUGUGGAGGUGAGUCACCUACGUGCUGCUCUGAGGAACAGGUGCUUCGACAGGGAUGUUUUAAGGACUACAGUUACACUGCAGCAACCUGUGGAGCUCAAUGGAGAGGAUGAGCUGGUGUUUACAGUGGUCGAAGAGCUACCUGCUGGUCUGGUUCCAGACAAUGGGAGACCAUCCAGCAUCAUUAGCUUUAACACACACUGUUCUUUGCAGGCUCUGGCAUCUCACUCACGGUCUGUUAGCAUUAUCAGCAGCAUCAAUGAUGAGUUUGAUGCAUACACAUGCCAGAUGAGCAGGUCCCAGCUGAACCAAGCUGCUACUUCUAAGUCACAGGAGGAAUUUACAGCUGGAUAUGCAACUGCACAUUCUUCAGUCAACUCCUGGUUUAGCAAGACAAAUAGUUGUACCCCAAGUAGUAAUAAGACUGAAGGGAGCCUCUCAUCAAAGGGAGUGUGCAAGGGACCAGUCAGCAGCUCCAUGAUGGAUUUACCUGGUGGUUUACACACAGAGUCUUUCUCCCAGCAAAGAACAAAUAGUCCAUUGGGUGACAGUGGAAUUUGCUUUUCAGAACAAGACUAUGAUUCUGCAACCAAUGACAAACUGUCCAUAUCUAAGUGCCCUCUAUCUCAUGACAGUACCAAAGCAUCCCUUGGUGGUCCAAAGUUUAUAAGAUCUAAUAGACUCAUGGCCUCACAGUCUGCCCAAAUCUCAUUCAUUUCUACACUCCCUCGAAAAAGCACCCAAAUUGCAUCUUCUAGCAGAAGCUACAGCCAUGAGCUACAACGCCAAGGUAGUAGAAUAGAUGAACAAUGGACCCACUCUAGUAGGGGGCUACACUCAGCUAGGAAUUCUGAGUUUAACUCUGUUAGUAAACCACCAAAAAAUGGCACAAGUGGGAUUCCGUCUAGAAAGACAGGCAGGAAUAGCAACAGUGUACCUCGCCCUCCUAAAAUGCAUAUAUCAACCACAUCUCAAAGGGUUGUGGAUGGCUGUGAGAAGUCGAGCAUUAAGAAAGGGGACCUGAGCAAGAUGCCUCAGCUCAAGAGAGGAGCCACCACUCUCGGCAUGGUAUCAGUGCCCCGUAGUUCAAAUGAGAUAAAAUGGGGUAAUGAUUCCUUGCAAAUGACUGGUAGCCUGAAAUUCUCAUCCUUAGGAAAGAGAGCUAAUGGACAGAAGGGUAGUAUGCUCCCUAGGUCUGGAAGCAUGUCCCCCCCUGCUCCACCUGUCCGAAAGUCAAGUCUCGACCAGAGAACACGGAUUUUGUUGUCUCCAAGUGCCUUAAAGUCUGUAGGUAAUGAUGGAACAAGAUUGUCUUCCUCCAAAGCAUCGGUUUCUGAGGAGGACUUUAAUGGUCGAGUUAGAGGGGAAUCCUUUAGCUUUAAGUCAUCCAGCCUGAAGACAGCUUCUAGUCUCAGAUCUCAUAUAGCUAAAGGAGACAAUGUAAGGCAUUUUGGUAGUCUUAUGUCCCUUGAAAGGUGUGAGAGUUUAACCUCAGUGGCUUCCAAACCAGUACCCUCAAGGGAAAACAGUAAUGUCAGUAUCAGUAGCACUGACAAAUCUGCUAAAAUGGUGUCAAAACUUGGGACUCCCUGUUCAAUAUCUAUUCCAACCGCCACUUCCCCUCCAUCUACUAGUGGAAUUUGUAAGCUUGGACAGAUAAAACCAAGUAUAACUUCUAGAUCCAUUGUUGGGAAUGGCAACAAAGGAAAGGCCUUGUCGAGUACUGGUUCAAAGUCUUUUAGCUCCUCCACCAAGUUCCUUGCUGUGUCAGCUGCUCGGAAUGCUAGUCUACCUCCAACUGGAAAACUCCCAACUUGCUCUGUCAUAAGCUCCAAUGCUAAACAAGGAAGGGGCACUAUUAUGGGCACAAAGCAAGCAAUUCGUGCAGCCAACAGUCGGGUCAGUGAAUUAGCAGUUGGAAGCUCCAAGAAACACCUCAGGGGCUCUGACCAAUCAGAUGGCAACAAUGAUGCCAGAACUUCCAGCGAGACACCACUGGCUGCUCCUUUGCCUUCUCCUUACAGCAAAAUCACGCCCCCUCGCCAUCCUCAGCGCUACAGUAGUGGCCACGGUAGUGACAACAGCAGUGUACUUAGUGGUGAACUGCCCCCUGCCAUGGGGCGCACUGCACUUUUUUAUCACAGUGGAGACAGCAGUGGUUAUGAGAGCAUGAUCAGGGACAGUGAAACUACAGGCAGUGCAUCUUCUGCCCAUGAUUCCAUGAGUGAGAGUGGAGUGUCCAGGUCUAGUCGAACAAAGGCCUCAAAAUCUCCCAAAAAGAGAUCCAAUGGCCUGCAGCGACGCCGUCUGAUUCCUGCUCCUCUGCCAGACACCUCUUCUCUGGGCAGGAAGGUUGGUGCAGCAGGCCAGUGGGUCGAUCUACCUCCACUGGGGGGUACUAUGAAGGAGCCCUUUGAGAUCAAAGUGUACGAGAUUGAUGAUGUGGAACGCCUUCAGAGACGCAAAGAAGGGUUGACAGAGGGUUUGCAGUACUUCAACGCCCGCCUUAGGAUGUUGGAGAAGAGGCAGCAGCAGAUCAGGGAGAUAAGAGCCAAGCAUGAGAAGCUGAAAAAAGAGUUGGAGGAUGCCAAGACUCGUCUCAUGCUAGACCCCAGUAAAUGGAUAGGAGAAUUUGAUGUGGACCCAGAUCUGGACCAGGAGUCACAGGACUACCUGGAGGCUCUGGCUCAGGCCACAGGAGACCUGGAGUUUUGUGUCAACCUAUGCAAGUCUCGUGUGAUGAUGGAGACCUGCUUUGAUAUCGCAGUGCCCGCGAUCCCAGGACAGAGUGGACAACAGGAGAUGGAGGUCUAAGAGAGAACAAAACAGGACGUUGUUUGCAAGCUAGCCGUGAGUUACGACAAGACCCCUUUUUUUCUGGGAUUGAGAAUGUCCUUCUUGGAGCAACACAUCAAGUGCAGGUAUUAAAUAAGUAUGGUUAGAAACUCUCUGAAAUGCUGAGAAACAAAGAUACCGAAUUAAAGUAGAGCAAGACCGUGUCCUGCGAUCUUCAUUAAACUUUACCAGGAAGUGCCUUAAACCCCAAAAGUCCCAAGAACUAUCUUUAUUUUAUGAUUGGUGCUAAUAUUGAGACCAACUUUCCCAAGUACACUUUGAAAAACUAAGUAUUUUGCAUUGCAAUGCAGUAUAUAGUCUAUUUAUAAGAGCUAAAGUGAGUAAAAAUAUAGUCUUUAAGUAUUAAACACAAAAACUUGCUUGGCCCUGACAGAUGUGAUGUCACUCGAUUGGAUAAAUAUGCUGAAGCAGUGGCACUAUCGUCUGUCUUCAUUUAGUUACAGUCGCUCUGCAUAAAGGCCCUGGUAUACUUCACUUUCUGUGUUCCAUUCCAUCUCAUGCACAGCCGCGUCCGCUCAGCUUUCAUACGCAAAUGUGGAUGGACGAGCUCAACACAUGCACAGUACCAUCUACUUGACUCGUUCUGUCUAAACCUUCAACCUCACCUCUGCACUGUUGCACACGGACCGUCCAUGCGGUCACAAAAAUUGGGCUGCACGCAGACACUUCUGGUGAUGAAAAUUGUGUCACAAGGGCAGUGUGUGGACCGUCGCGGAACGCGGACAGCCGAAGUAUACUUUGGGGUUAAUGAUUGACUCUCUGACGACAUGUCAUUUCCCCGAUCCAGAGCUACUACUUUAACUGAUUGGUGCAGCUGGUGGCAAAUCAGAAAUUAGAGCAUGUCUCAAACCCUUCUCAGGACAUCAAACCGAAGUGAGUUUGUACUUACAAAUUUCAGUGUGUGCGGUAUGCGUCAUACUGUAAUGUAUGCAUGUGUCUGUUUUUCUCUGAUCAUGCAACAUCCAGUGUUAGCUGGUAUCUUUUAACGUAGUAAACAAAUCCACUGUACCUACCUGAACUUCAAAAGAUUAUGCCUUUCUUUGCUGAAAAAGUUCAGAUUUACAAAAGGCUAUCCUCUGUUGACAAAUUCACAGCACAGGACCUUAUCACUGUGUCUAGUGAUUUAUCUUCAGCCUCUGAUGUUUGAUGAUUUUUGUUAAUCCUUAAAGUGUCUCUGGAGAGAAGCGUGACUGUUGUUUCUCAUAAAGAAACAAACAGAAGAGAUUAUUUGGAUUUGCAAAGGUUUGAAGUAGAAUAUGUGGCUAUUUUCUUAAAAUUCUUUCUUUGUUUUUGUUGUUAAAUAAUUAUUUAAAAGAGAAGAGAGAAAAAAAAGACUCAGGCCUUUUUUUCCUCCAAGUUGCUGCAUGACAUUUUUUGUGUUCUUCAUAAAAUAUAUUUAUUUUUUUCCUUUUUGUUUUGUAUCUUAGUCGGCGAUUUCUACUAAUAAUUUAAGUUUAACAGAUUUGCCAAGCAUUUAGACUUUUUCAAUGUCUAUGACAUUUUACCAGUGUUCAUGCUUUGUAUUGUACAGUUUUUUAUCCUUUUUAAAAAACAUGUAUAAACUCCUAAGUUUGCAUUACCAUGAAAUGAUGAAU